GAACACCAUGGAGGCCAUGCCAGCCUGUCUCCUCAAAGACGUGUACCAGGAGGCACUGAACUCCACAGUCAUCGGCAUCGAUGAGGGCCAGUUCUUCCCAGACAUCGUGGAGUUCUGUGAGAUGAUGGCCAACACCGGGAAAACCAUCAUCGUUGCUGCUCUUGAUGGCACUUUCCAGAGAAAGGCCUUCGGAAGCAUCCUGAACCUGGUGCCACUGGCGGAGAGCGUGGUGAAGCUGAACGCUGUGUGCAUGGAGUGCUACCGAGAGGCCUCCUACACGAAGAGGCUGGGAGCAGAGAGGGAGGUUGAGGUGAUUGGAGGAGCAGAUAAGUACCACUCUGUCUGUAGAGCCUGCUACUUCUGCCAGCGGCCUCCUCAGCCUGGGCCGGAGAACAAGGAGAACGUGACCCUGGGGCUGCA